AGUAGCGAAGACUCUGAAGGAGACCCUCUUACAAAUGAUCUCGAGCAAAUUGGGAAAUUGAAUUUGAAUAACAUAUCAAGCUAUCUAACUACCAAUAGUUUACCAAAUCUACCAAAUUUACCUAAUUUACCCAAUAUAAGAAACAUUGACUUAAAGAACAACUUGCCUAAUUUCCAGGAGAUUUCCAAUGACAUAUCCCGCUAUAUUUCCUAUUAUGUUACUAGUUCCGAUCUGGUUAAUGAUGAAGAAGGUAGUCAGGCCCAACUUGAUGAAGAACAGCCGGAAUACCAGCAAAGGAUAAUUAACUCUGUGAAGACAGCUAUAUCUACAAGAAUCCAAAUGACCAAGUUUCUAAAUGAUUUGAAUUUAGGACAUUCACUUUCUACUGCGAUUGAUCGUUUACAACCAGUGAAAAGUAUUAUUCAUGAAAGUAUAGUGUUACCGGUGGAAGAUACUAGUGAUUUUGAAGAUGACGAAUAUCAUGAUGUUAAGAAAGAAAUCAAUUCGACUGAGCCGGUAGGGGUUGACUCAAUUGUUCACACGCAACAACCGUUAAUCAAUGAGAUUGUUAUACCGGAAGAAAAUAGUGAACCACAUCAUCAUCAUCAUCACCAUCAUCAUCAUCAUAAGCGAAGAAAGAAGAGAGAUUAUACCUACUCUGACGAGUACGAUAGCUCUAAUCAAACCGGAAGUGAUUUAGAUAACAUAGAAGGACUUACGAUGGAAGAAACCAUAUCAUUAACGCAUCUUGACUCAUUGGAUGAUUUUUAUAAAGAGGACUUAUUAAGGCAAAAAAUACAAAAGAUUCAAACUCUGAAUAAUUUAAAUCAGUUACAGAAGAAUAAAUUAGUUACUCGAUUAAUGAUGGGGAAUUAUUAUAAAUUGAUCAAUGAUAAAUUAGCCAAAGAUAACCUUCAAUUACUACCGAAACAUAGCAAAGAGAAGUUAGUUAUUGAAGAUAAAGAAGAGGAAGAAGAAGAACCUGUUGAAGAAGUCAAGCCAAUGGAUGAUGUAAUUGAAGAGGAGGAAGAAUCUGAGGAUGAGGUUAUAUUAACCGAAUCAGAUCAAAUAGCAUCGUAUUUUGAUCCACCUACUAAUUCAAUAAUGGGAUGUCAACAUUAUCAAACCAAUUGUAAGAUUGAAUGUCCCAAAUGUUAUAAAUGGUUUGCGUGUCGAUUUUGUCACGAUAAUGAAAUUAGUGAUCAUAAAUUGAUAAGAUCAGAAGUUAAACAUAUAUUAUGUAUGUUUUGCAAUACUCCACAAAUUCCAGAAAGUAAUUAUUGUAUUAAUUGUGAAAAUGAAUUAGCCAAUUAUUUUUGUUCAAUAUGCGUGUUGUACGAUAAUGAUAUUACCAAAGAUAUAUAUCACUGUGACAAAUGUGGAAUUUGCCGAUUAGGAUUAGGAUUGGGUAAAGAUUAUUUCCAUUGUGAUAAAUGUAAUAUAUGUUUAUCAAUUGAUUUGAAAGAACGACAUAAAUGUUUAACCAAUACUACUCAUUGUAAUUGUCCAGUUUGCAAUGAGUAUUUAUUUACAUCAGUGAACAAAGUUGUCUUUAUGAAAUGUGGACAUUCAAUUCAUCAAAAUUGUUAUGACGAAUUAAGUAAACAUUCAUAUAAAUGUCCAAUUUGUAAAAAAACUGUUGUUAAUGUUGAAACCCAAUUCAGAAUAUUGGAUCAAGAAAUUAGACAAUCACCUUUACCAUUACCUUAUAAUUUAUGGAGAUGUAUCAUAAGUUGUAAUGAUUGCAAAGGAAAAUCAAAUACUUCCUACCAUGUUCUUGGUUUAAAAUGUAAAUAUUGUCAUAGUUAUAAUACCAAUCAAAUAAAAUUAAUUAAACCAGAAGAUGAAGAAGAAGAUCAAUUACUUGAAAAUAAAACUAUAUUAAAUGAAUUACCCAAUCUUGAAACCGAUAAUAGAAUUAAUUCAAUGAGAUUAAUUAAAACAAGUUUACUGGAUAAUUUUAGAAUCGAUGAUCAGCAAGAAAUAAUUUCCGGUCCUGCUGAUGAUGAAUUACUGGACGAUGAAUUCAAUCAUGAUAAUCCUCAAAAUAUAGUCAAUUUUAAAAGAUUAACCAAUGCAAUUGUCACUAAUUUACAAAACGUCGGUGGCUCCUCUAGCCAGUCUCCUCCUCAAUCAGAAAAAUACCAACCCCAAAUUACUUCGUAUAUUAGAUCCAUACUACAGAACUUCAUUAAUAACGCUACC